GAGGCUUGGGGUGGUUGGGACAGAUGCCUUGGCUCUGGCUGAACUGGGAAGAGACCUGUCACAGCUCCAGAAGGAUACCGGGAGCUGGGAAGACAGUGCCAAGACUGUCCCCUCUCUCCACCCCUCUGCUAUUUUCCAGCCAUGGACAGAAAGGUUUUGGAAAAGCCAGUUCCGGAGGCCGCCAGCCCCGGCCUGUCCUCGCUGGGCGCAGUCUUCAUUCUCCUAAAGUCCGCACUCGGGGCCGGCCUGCUCAACUUCCCGUGGGCCUUCCACCAGGCGGGUGGGGUGGCCCCCGCUUUUCUAGUGGAGCUGGUCUCCCUGGUGUUCCUAAUUAGCGGACUGGUUAUCCUGGGCUAUGCUGCCUCUGUCAGUGGCCAGGCCACCUACCAGGGCGUGGUUGGAGGGCUGUGCGGACCCGCCAUCGGCAAGCUGUGUGAGGCCUGCUUCAUUGUCAACCUGCUCAUGAUCUCUGUGGCCUUCCUUAGGGUGAUUGGGGAUCAGCUGGAGAAAUUGUGUGACUUCCUCCUGCCUGGUGCCCUGCCAGCCCCGCAGCCCUGGUACACUGACCAGCGCUUCACUCUGACACUGCUCUCCGGGCUGGUCAUCCUGCCCCUGUCUGUCCCACGCGAGAUCGGGUUCCAGAAAUACACGAGCAUCCUAGGCACCCUGGCCGCCUGUUACCUGGCCCUGGUCAUCGUGGCGCAAUACUACCUCAGGCCCCAAGACCUCGCUGGAGAGCCCCACCUGGCCUCGAGUCCUUCCUCCUGGACCUCUGGAUUUAGUGUCUUCCCCACCAUCUGCUUUGGGUUUCAGUGUCACGAAGCUGCCGUCUCCAUCUACUGCAGCAUGCGGAACCGCGGCCUGGCACACUGGGCCCUGGUCUCCACGCUGUCCUUGCUGGGCUGCUGCCUCGUCUACUCACUAACGGGUGUUUAUGGCUUCCUGACCUUCGGGACAGAAGUUUCUGCUGACAUCCUGAUGUCCUACCCCGGCAACGACGGGGUCAUCAUUGUCGCCCGGGUCCUCUUCGCCAUCUCCAUCGUGACCGUCUACCCCAUCGUGCUCUUCCUGGGGAGGUCGGUGAUGCAGGAUUUCUGGAGGAGGAGCUGCUGCUGGGUAUGUGGGCCCCAGGCCCUGGCCGACCCCUCGGGAACGUGGGUCCGGUUGCCACUGACCGUCCUGUGGGUCACCGUGACACUCGCCAUGGCCCUGUUCCUGCCUAACCUCAGCGAGAUCAUCGGCAUCAUUGGGGGCAUCAGUUCCUUCUUUAUCUUCAUCUUCCCAGGUCUGUGCCUCAUCUGUGCCAUCAGCGUGGAGCCCAUGGAACCACGAGUUAAGUGCUGCUUGGAGGCCUGGGGAGUGGUCUCUGUGCUGCUCGGCACCUUCAUCUUCGGCCAGAGCACGGUGGCGGCUGUCUUGGAGCUGCUUUGAGCCGGAGGGGGUCUCCUCUGCUGCCCUGAUCCGGCUGCCUGCAUCCAGCCGUGAGACCGAUGUAAUUUCAUCAUAAAGAUGCUGGAGAAGCU